AUGCAGUACGGAGUACUCCGUACAGUACAUGCAUGCAACGUGCACGGGGUUCAGCACAUCAGUCCCGUUAUAGUUUGCCGCCGGAAAGCACAGGGUGGUGGUGGGCAGCCGAGCGAAGAUGACGAUGAUGAUGAUGGCGAUGAAGAUGGUGACGGUGGUGGCAUGAACUAG